CUAAACCUGUUAAUGUUCUUUAUAUUUUUGCAGGUCAUCUUGCACCAGAAGAAUUACUGCAGCAGUGUCAAGACCCAGUGCUUUUAAACUUAUCUAUGUGGCACAGAUAUUGCAGAUAUAUAUUGUCAGCAGCUUGUGUCAUAAAAUUUUCCACAUUGCCAGAAAUGUGUUGAGUGUCAUUGCAUAGUAUUUUGAAGCUUAUCUCAAUAUCCAGGUUACUACCUGCACACAUACAACAUUCUCUCCUACAUAUUCAGAAAUAGUCUACAUGUUGAGUAUCACUAAUGUAGUACUGUGAUGCUUACUUUGUCUCAACUUCCUGGUUGCUGCUUGAACACUUUUAACCCUGUGGAGGUAAAUUAAAAAGUUAGUUGAAUAUCAUUGUGCAUCAUUGUCAUUUGUGACAGUAACAACUUAUUCCUGUGAAGUAUUGUACUUGCAGUGUCUACCUACAUCUUGGACAUGAAUGUAAACCCACUCAUCAGUGAAAAGUGAUACUUUAAAUAUUGUGUUUAAUUAUAAAAGUAAAUUUUAAAUUAAUGAAAUAUCUAGUUACUCAGUGAUAAAAAGCUUUGUUGCAUUUUGAAUAACCGGUAUGCUAAUCAAUUGGUAUAUUUAGAAAUUAAAUUUAUUAUAUUUUGUUCCAUGUACAGUAAUUAAUUUUCCAGAAUCUAAUGUAUGGAUUUGUGUAGGACUGAUAAUUAAUUUCUUCUCUGUAAUAAUUUUGUACUUUAUAUUACUUUCUGACAUUACAAUCCUUGAAGAAAACCUUCAUAUUUUUAUCCACAAAUACUGCUAAUGUCUGCCAUCAUUAUCCUGCAGUUUGCUCCUCACAUUUUUUUGAAGCUGCACCAGCAAGUAAAUCCAGAAGUUGCAAACUACCCUGUCAUUUUUCCUAAUUAAACAUUAUCAGUUUAAAAAUAUAAAUAAUUGUUGAUGGCAGUUUAAUUAAAUAGUUACUGGGAAGUUAAACAUUAUUAUAUAGCUGCAGUGUUCUACAGGAAUUGAACACACCUUGCCAGUGCCUUCCAUCAAGUAUCAAGUGAUUCAUGUUGUAACACUGUAGGGGUACCUGUGUUCGGUGUCAUAAUGCUGUGUGUGCACCUGUGUUUAGUGUCAUAAUGUAUGUAUGUUUUUCUGACUUUGUCAUAACACUUCAUUUGAUAUAAUGACAAGGUCACUGAAUAAAUUAUUUUGUGUACAGUGUAAAUUGUCACAUUAUUCAUUACUAUACAUAAGUGGGAGUCAAUAAUAAAUGAGAAUUCAUACUACACAGAAACUGUUACAUUGUUCACUGUGUAUACACAGUUUUGUUAUUGUUCACUGAGUAUAGAUAACUGUUCAAAAAAUUAUAAGUUACCAUAUUACUUCAGAAUUUUUUAAAAAUAAUUUCCAAUAAAUAUACAGCAGUUCAUAUAGAAAAUAAUAAAUCACAUUAAUGUUUAGUAUGUUCAAAGCAAUUAAAAAAAUCUUCAUUACAUCACAUGUAAAUUCAUAUAUGAAAGAAUCCAUUUUCUUGUUCAAAAGUCUAGCCAGAUAUCAUCCUUGAUGCUUCAUGUAAGAGUUCAUACAGGAAGGAAAGCAUUCCAGUGUUCAGGGUGUAUCAAAGAUUUUUCACUCAAAUCAGAUGCAAUGAAAGACAGAGACUUUCCUACUGAAGAGGACCCUUGUCUGGGUUCAGAAUGUAUAACUUCUUCACAUAAAUCAUCAGUCAGUUUUCACAUUAGAGUUCAUGCAAGAGGGAAAGCAUAUCAGUGUUCUGAGUGUGUAAAACACUUCAAACAAAAUUCAAAUCUUAUAUCAGACACACAUGAUCAUUCAGAAGACAACUCAGAGAAAUCACUUGACUAUUCAGCAUGUUCAGCAGAAUUUUCAGUAAAGUCAGAACUAAAAGACCCUUUGGAAUCUCAAAAAGAAGAAAAACCAUAUGUCUGUUCAGCGUGUUUAAAAUGCUUUGCUACUAAAGCAAGUCUAGUACGACACAUUAGAAUUCAUACUGGAGAAAGGCCAUUCCAGUGUUCAGAGUGUCCACGAAAGUUUUCUGAUAAAUCAGUUUUAGUACGCCACAUGAGUGUUCAUACAGGAGAGAAAUCUUUCAAGUGUUCAAAGUGUCCUAAGAAAUUUGCACGAAAUUUGCAGCUACAACUGCACAUGAAUGUUCACGAUGGAGAAAAACCAUAUAACUGUGAUCUGUGCCACAGAGGCUUUCUACAUGAAGCCAGUUUAACACGGCACAAGAAAAUGCACACACAAGAAGAGCUGUAUCAAUGUUCCUUGUGUCAAAAGGAGUUCUCAGAUAAAUCAGUUGCAAUGCGACACAUGAGAAUUCAUACAGAAGGGAGGGUAUACCAGUGUUCAGUGUGCCCCAAGAGGUUUUAUCAAAAUUCUCAUCUAGAACGGCACAUGAGAGUUCAUACAGGAGAGAAACCCUAUAAAUGUGCCCAAUGUGAAAAAGACUUUUCCCAAAAAUCCCAUUUGGUGCAUCAUGUUAAAACUCAUACACAAGAAAAUCAUGAGGAACCACAUGAAUGUUUAGUGUGCUCCAAAAAAGUAUCUCUAUCACAUCUAGAAGAGCACUUGAGAGUUCAUGCAGGACAGAAGCCAUAUAACUGCUCAGUUUGUCUGAGAGGCUUUGCUUAUAAAGCAAGUUUAAUAAGGCAUGUAAAAAUUCAUACAGGAGAAAAAUUAUUUCAGUGUUCAGAGUGUUCGAAAAAGUUUUCACGCAAAUCACAUCUAGAGCAGCACUUUAAACUUCAUACUGGAGAGAAACCAUAUCACUGUACAUUGUGUUCAAAACAGUUUAUACAAAAAGUACAGCUGCAGCAACAUUUUAGAUCUCAUACAGGAGAGAAGCCAUAUAAUUGUUCCGAGUGUCUAAAAGACUUCUCAAAUAAAGCAAGUCUGAUGCGACACAUGGAAAUUCAUACAGGAGAAAAAAUAUAUGAAUGUUUAACGUGUACAAAAACAUUUUCACGAAGUUCACAUCUAAAACAACACAUGGGAGUUCAUAGAUUGCAGAAACCAUUUACUUGCACAUUGUGUCCAAAGGGUUUUGCAAAUAAUGCAAGUCUAAGAAGACACAUGAAAGCUCAUACAGGAGAAAAAAUAUAUUAGUGCUGUGGCAAAAAAUAUUUUCAGAAAUACCAAAUCAAAUGUAACAUGAUGAGCCAUGAUUUCUGUGAUUAAUCAUGAAAGUUCGAAGUUCAUAUAAACACUGUAGUGUUCAGGUGUUAGAAAAUAAAUCAGUUGAAACAUUUGAAAACUUAUAAUGUUGAAUAAUCUUGCAAAGUUAUUAAAAUGAAUUUACAGAGGUUAUUAAGCAAUAUGUGAAAUUGUGCAGCGAAGGCAAGUUGCUCACUCUCGUUGUAGGGAUCUGGAUAGUAUUGUAGAAUCAGUCGGUUAUCUGUUGUAUAGUUAUUGCCGCUGACCUACUGAGAGAAAAGUUGGGCACCCACUGCCGCUCUGUGAGGAUUGUCAGGUGGUUCUUACACACUAACACAUCCUGAGCAGCUGUCCCAUUUGUCAGUGAAUACGCCAACUUCCCUUCAGACACUUCCUUCAAGGCACUGACUUAAUAUAUCUGCUCUCCUCUCCUCUCAACUGAGACUCCCUCCUCUUCCGUUCCUCCACUGUGCUAGUGUUCUUCCCUCAACAACUUCACCUCUGUCAUCUCCUUUACUUCUGUGUAGCAUUGAAUGACCUUUACAAGUUUAGCACUGGGAGACUACUGAUACAGAGAACAGAAACUAAGAGCUCUCUAAUCUGUACCUCUGUUCAUGUAUACACGUAACUGUCAUAUAUGUUCUUUUCUCCUGCCUGUACUGUAUGAUUCUAAUGGGGUUGAGCACUAAUUUUAUAAUAAUAAUCUCUCCUUCCUGCAUACGUUGUACUUCUGUUAGGUAAGAUACGUUGUUUGAAUAAAGUUUAAAAUUACU